AUGAAAUUGCAGGAGGAGAAUAUAGAUUAUCUUUCUCUUCUUCCAUCAGAGAUUUGGCGACAAAUCCUCUUUGGGGUCUACCCGCCAAAUCCAUUCUUCUCAAAACCAGGUAAGACUCGAGAUAGAGCCCACUGGAGUCGAUUACUCGGCAUUCAAGCUCGACGUGGACGGCUCAGGUUUAUCUGCAAACGGCUUGAACCAAUCGCAUUCGAGGUGCUGAUUACUGAAGUGGCACUAAAGUACACGAAACUCCGUCUCAACAGCUUUUUUGACGCACUCAGCGUCAACUACGGCUCCCCUUGCACUACACGAGCUUCCAUCUUCUUCCCCUCUCCCCGCCUAAGGGAUGGACUCAAGCAAGAAAUAAUCAACUAUAACCUACUUUUUCAACUACCCAAAUACUGUCCCCGGCUCAAAUACGUUGUCUUGGACGGAUUCAUUGGACAUAAUACGGAACGGUCGACUAGCUGGAUCAAAGACGUCGAGUCGAUCAUGAUUAACACCAGACUUGUGAAAUGUGAGGCUCUAGCUGAGCUCUCUGCGCGGAAUCCGUGUCUCGGUAGGCUAUGUCUCUACGGUACUGGCGGACUCCACUUCCAGAAACCAGUAGUCUUCCCCAAUCUCACGCAUCUUUCUUUGGAUGACCCAAGUGUUGGGAAUCUGGCAUAUAUCUCGCUUCCAAGCCUUUGUUCCCUCAGCAUUGCCAUCGACAACCUGGUCAUUGCCGAGUUAGACGCCUUUAUUCAAGCAAAUGGCCAGACUAUAGUAUACCUCAAUAUCAGAGUCAACUACCAGGACCUCAUCGUUUACUCUGUUGAAGAUACAGGGGGAUAUAUAAACGUCAUCCGCCAUUGCCCUCGCCUCGAGGUGCUCGAAAUGGAUGGUGCUCUUGUCUACACUGACAUACCGUCAUUUCGUCAUCCAUUUAUUCGCACCAUAGUGCUUCAUGUGUACGCUGCAAAUAACAUGGUAGCAGCCCUCGAAUGGUGGGGAUUUGACGCCAAGGGGAACCCACCUCCGAAUGUCACAAGAGUAGUAAUCAAACCACACGGCUAUCACGAGCUCACAGAUAAUGAAAUGGAGCAGGUUAUGCUGUCAGAAGUUAGACUCGUAUGCAAGCAAGAGAUAGCCGCUAUGUUCGUGGUCGAACGCGAUCCUCUUGAAGCAAUUAAUCCUGAGACGGACUGA